UUUUUCUUCUUUUCAAUCUUGGGUGUCUUCAGCAUCAGGGAGUUUUGGCGUACCAAGGGCAUAAAGUGGACUGGAAAGUUGAUACCCCCCCUGUCAGGUCAUCUCCAGAGAUGUAAAUAUGUCUAAUGCCGCCGCAAACCUCGUCACCUUACCUAAAGUUACUCAGAACCUGGAAACGCAAUCGUCCUACGCACUCCCACUCAUCUUGCGCUUGGAUACGUUUUUCAUUUUUCAAGUCUGCGCAUAAUGCCACGGCUGCUUCGCCGGGAAUGUCUGCCGAUUCGCCCUUACCAGAGUCAAGAAGAAGUCUCCAGUCUCCACGCAACAACCACCACUUCUACCGCCCCAAAACUCUCUUAUCCAUUCUUCAUGAGCAUGUUAAACUUGGAUUCUCUUCUUUCUUUUCCUUUUCUCGCCUACACAGAGCACCCGGGCCUCUGUUCUGUUCGCGGUCCACCUUUACCCGUUUUUUGUGUUUUUUAUUUUAUUUCACCUUGCCUUCGCCAACCAGUCGCCGUACUAAUUUCCCCGCCGGGUCUAGUAAAAUAGAAAAAUCCCGUCGCAACGGGCCGAGGUCGACCAUGUCAGGAUGACAAGAUAUAGUUGCCAGUAAAAGAGAGGGAAGGCAAAGCGUCCUUCGCCUCUCUCAGCCGACAACUCUUCUUCCCACCAUGACCAGACCCCGAGUUAGCGAUCCU